GUCUCUCAUUCUGUCAGGAUUUGUAUACGUUCUUUCCUUUUCAUCAGCCACACACGCUUGGCUCCCCACUUCCUACGCCUCUCCUACUGGCUUGUCCUUGACCCAUUCUAACUUGAAUACGCUUCACCCUCUUCAUCCUCUCUCAAUAUGGCUGCCACCAUGGCCCAGCCUGCUGCCCUCUCUCCCCCUCGCCAGGGCAUCCUACUCAACCCUUCCCCGACUGCCUCUCCAUACACUCCCCCAGUAUCUCUCCCCGGCACUCCACAGCCUUCAUACUCUUCACUCUCCUCCUCCUCCGCCUCUUCCCAGUCACACUCGGACUCUGACAACUACUUCCUCACUUCCACCACCACCACCAACCACUCAGCAUCCGUCCCCGGUACACCUAACCACCGCUCAUCGUUCCCUUUGAGCGGUAGUGGGUCCUUUACUCCUCCCAAUGGUCGCUCAAAACCGAGGCAAGGCUCUACACCCACCGCGACCCGUCCUCUCCGAAUUCGGUUCGCUCCCCUACCAGAUCCCCGUCGUGACGAUGUCACCACUGACAACGGCCUCGAACUCCCUUUCGACAAGUCUGAACAACUGUCCUCCACCCUCCAAGCGCAGCCUACCGCCGUCUCGAGCUCGCGUGCGAUCGAUGCUGCGGGGAGUGUGGCUGCUGCGACCACUACGUCCUCUGGCUCGUUUGCCAAUGCUCCCAAUGGGGUUGCGUUGAUCAGGUCAAGUCCGCCCGGUAGUAAACCUUCAUCAAUCUCUGGCCAUGAUACGCUUGGAAGCGCUUCCUCAUCAGGGCUUAACAUUGCAGUUCCUAAUGGCUCAAGCACGAUUGACAAGGAGGGUGCUUGUGUUGAACGCUCUUCGGACGAAUGGACUGUCGUCCCCCCUCAAGCCGUUCCUCCAAAAGUCCCCUCUGACCCGUCGACUCCCAGGAUGGGCGAGUCACCCCCUGGUGGUGAGCGCGAGUGUCACCACUCAUCGGGCAAGAGCAAAUGGACAAAGAAUAUCCUUAAACCACUCUUCGGCGGAUCUCGCAAGCAUUCGUCUUCCAACGCUUCUCAUACAGACGAUGAUCGUAUAUCUGGUGUCAAUGGUCUAUUAGGAGAAGAUAGUGAAGACGAUCGAUGUCUCUCGCGCACUAAUUCUCGGAGCUCUACGAAGAAGAAACGACAUGAUCGACCGGGAUCGUCUAAAGGCUCAGAAAAGCCGCCUGGUGUCCCACUCACCCGAGUCAACACACGGAACGAAUCUACCUCCUCAUACGGUGUCCCUCUCGGUCGAUCUCAAUCAGACACUCUCGCCCUCAAACGAUUCUCCUCCUCAUCCUCCCACACAACGAAAACCAAACGCAAGCUCUCUACUUCGGCUCUCUUAUUCUCAUCGCCAACGUCUACUUCGCUUUUCUCGUCGAAAUCAAAGGACACGCCGUUGAGUCGAAGUCAGAGCUUGAAUACAGAGUUGGGUGGAGGGUUGGCGACUGGUGGAGCGAAUGUCAAGAUGGGUCCGGGAGGUGUUAGGAGGGGGCAAUUGAGGAUGCUCAAUGGUCGUGUUUAUGGUGCAAGGAGAGUCGAUCCAUUCGCUAACGUUCGGGAUGAGGAACCUGAGUUUGUCGAGUGGGGGUAUGGAGGGAUGGGUUCUGUGAAUAGUACAAGUCAAGGCGUCGGCGCUGGCAUAUGGGCGAGAGUCCAAGCAGGCGCAGGCGUCUCGAUAGGUGCACACGAUGAGUCAUCCUGGGGAGCUUCCUCUGCUCGUUCCCGCUCUUCUUCCGCAAAUACACCUACAGGUAGUGGGGAGAGUACGCAGAGUGGGUAUGUGGCUAGUGGGGGGAGUGGACGCGGCGGGGAGGAAGAUGAUGAUGGGAGUGGGAUGGCGUGGGUUAAGAGGAGGAGGGAGAUGAGGGAGAAGGAGAAGAAGGCGAAGGAGGAGAAGGAAGCACAGGAGGCGAAGGAAAGGGCUGAGAGGGAGAAGACUUUGGAGAGUGAACAGAUGGGGAGGCAGGAAGAGGCUGGGGAGAAGAUGUUUGGGGAUGAACUUGAUCUUUCUCCUUCUCCUGCUCCUGCUCUGACUGUUCCACCGACGACGACCACCACCACGACCACCACUGCUGCUGUGACCACCGAGGAACCAGAACAUAUCACGACGGCUAUCAACUUACCCGCUCCUCGUCACCUAAAUCACCAUCACUCCCAUUCCCAUUCCCAUCCCCUCCCUCUACAUUACAACCACCCCUCUCACCAUCACCACGCCCACACCGCUCAACACAAACGUACCGUCUCCUCAUCGUCUGUUCAUUCUCAUCAUUCCCAUAUCAGUCAUAGGACGAUCAUAGCCGUACCUGCACCGGAACGGAGGGGAAGUGCUGAUACUGCGCGUGGGGUGCCUUUUUCGCCCGUUUCCCCAGGGAUUGGGAUUGGGAGUGGGAGUUCGGGGUUGGCGUCGCCUGCGUCAACGGUGACGCCUACUGGGAAUGGGACUACUAGUACGGCGACGUUGACUAUGUCCCCGCUACCGUCGUCGACUAUAAAUCCCAUUGAAGGGAGUGAAGUGGGGGUGUUUGGCACGAUGGAGGGUGAAGAUGAGGAUGUUGAGGUUCUGGGGAACGACGAGGACGAGAACGCUGGCGUUGGUCGCGGUAUUGGUAGGAAGGGGGCGGAGGUUGAGGUUACUUUGAGCUCGAGUGUCUCGAGUAGUCUUUCUUCAGGGGAGACAUUGGGCGAGGGUGAGGGUGAGGAGGGGAGUAGCAGUGUGCCGUUGAAUUCGAGCGUGACCGAAGAUGAAGAUGGCGAUGGGGAUACGUUUGGGGAGGGUGAGGGUGAGGAUGAGGAAGAUGAGGAUGUUGGUGAUGAGGACCAGAAUCGAAAGACAGUAGCAGGCGCCGGAGUUGAGAAGAUUAGCAGGCAUAAGGAGAAGACACCUGUGCCUGCUAACGCUGCGAGUUGAAGGCCGAUCAUGAUCAUCCUCAUCUCGUAUCGAUGACGUCUACUGUGGAAUAGGUGGUCACUCACCAAACCAAACCGAUCAACCCAAAAGGGAUCCUCGAAGCUUUCGUUCUAACCCGUGUGGUAUAAGAGGGAUUCAAGCAGCCCGCUGUAUCUCCACCUCCGCAGUUUUCGAGCUCUCGUACUUGCUCCGAUUGCAAGAAUGAUUUCUCAGGCUGAACAGAGUGCUUCAUCUUUAUCCCACCCACAUCCACGGACGACGUUUUCGCUUUCCCCCACUUUCUUCGGGUCUUUCUUAUCUCCAUUUCUUUUCGACAUCACAUCCUCCCUCUACUCCCAAGAUUCGCACCGAUAUAACACGAGGUCCCCUCCGCUGGAGUUGUCGACGCUCGCCCAUCAUCCACACCACAUUUUGUUUAUUCGUUCUUCCUAUUCGUCUCGUAUCUCGUCUUCUCUGUCCAAACAUCCCGCACUCCCAUAGAUGUCGUCCUCAAGAAUCUCGUCGCCGUCAUCCUCCACAAUUGUAUAUCAUACUCAAGCCUCAUCGAUGCUUCCUUCGUAAUUUCUUUCGCUGUGCAUAUUUCCAUCUUUCCUUGUUCGCGCCUCUCACAGUUCUCGUCCAAAAGCUCUCCGUCAGAUUCCCAGAUGCUCCACAUUGCGUCACCCCGGUCCCGCUUAUCCACUGUACAAUCCCGCCCGUAAUCGACUCUCCGCACUUUUUCGUCGACUCUCGGUCGCUCGUCUUACCACGGAAACCUCCUCCGUUGCUCCAUCUAUCGUUAUCGAGUCCAUAUAUAACGCCUAUGUAUAUGCCAUGCCGUGCCAUGCCAUACAUGCAUGGAUCCAUACGUACAUCCAUACAUCGUCCUCGCUAUCGUCUGUUAGUUUAUCGGUUUCCUAUCAUCAAGGUUCAUUCCUAUAAUCAAGUUAUGCAACAUAUACUAUCAUC